UGAGGAGCGUCGUAGUUGUACCUCGCUCCCCGUUCGCCAAGCCCGCAUCGACUGUACAAAACUGGACCACAGAGAACCAGAUAAAACAUUUCAUUAAGCAGGGAGCGUUACCGAGAACAGAAAACUACCACGGGAAGGGGGAGAGGAGGAUUCGGAGGUCAAACGACAGUGGCGAUCCCCAUCAAAUACCGAGCUGAUUGGCGAUGAGUCGCAGCAUCGUACGACAGAGUAAGUUCCGACACGUCUUUGGCCAGGCGGUGAAGACGGAGCAGGGCUACGAUGACAUACGCGUUUCCAAGGUGACGUGGGACAGCUCGUUCUGUGCCGUCAACCCAAAGUUCCUGGCCGUCAUCGUGGAGUCUAGUGGGGGCGGUGCCUUCCUCGUCCUGCCCCUCUCUAAGAUGGGUCGUCUGGAUAAGAACCACCCGUUGGUGACUGGCCACGCUGGGCCCGUCCUGGACAUCGACUGGUGCCCUCACAACGACAACAUCCUGGCAUCCUGCUCAGAGGACACCACCGCCAUGGUGUGGCAGAUCCCUGACCAGAUGGGGACCCAGCCCAUAUCAGAGCCCAUUGUGGUGCUGGAGGGACACUCCAAACGUGUUGGCAUUGUCACCUGGCACCCCACUGCACGCAACAUACUACUCACUGCAGGCAGUGAUAACCUGAUAAUAAUCUGGAACGUGGGCACUGGCGAGGCGCUCAUCUCCAUGGACGACCACCCAGACCUCAUCUACAACGUCAGCUGGAACCGUAACGGCAGCCUGUUCUGCACCACCUGUAAGGACCGACGCCUCCGCGUUUGUGACCCCCGCAAGAGAGAGGUGGUCGCGGAGAGGAUGGCUCCACACGAUGGGAUCCGACCAAUGAGGGCCAUCUUCACCAGAGACGGAAACCUGUUCACUACUGGCUUCACCAGGAUGAGCCAGAGAGAGCUGGGCCUGUGGGACCCGACACAUUUUGAGGAACCUAUUGCUCUGCUGGAGUUGGACACAAGUAACGGUGUGUUGUUACCUUACUACGACCCAGACGCCAACAUGGUUUACCUCUGUGGAAAGGGGGACAGUAGUAUCCGGUACUUUGAGAUAACAGAGGAACCUCCCUAUGUCCACUACCUCAGUACCUUCAGCAGCAAGGAGCCUCAGAGGGGGAUGGGCUUCAUGCCCAAGAGAGGAGUGGAUGUCAGCAAGUGUGAGAUUGCCAGAUUAUAUAAACUUCAUGACAAGAAGUGUGAACCCAUUGCCAUGACAGUACCUAGAAAGUCGGACCUGUUCCAGGAUGAUCUGUAUCCAGACACGGCGGGCCCCGACCCGGCCCUGGAGCCAGAGGAGUGGCUGGAGGGGCGAGACGAGGACCCCAUCCUUCAGUCCAUGAGGGAUGGCUACGUUCCCCCCAAGAGCCGAGAGCUCAAAGUGGCUCGGAAGAAUGUUCUGGACUCCAGACCCACCCCCAGACGCAGCAUGUCCUCCUGCGACGGCUCAGCCAACCUGCCCGUGAGUCACACUAAAUAUAUCACCUCUUCAUCUGACUGUUUGUCUAAAAAUCAUUGUCCCCAACAUGUCUGUCCUGUACCUGUCUGUCCUCUCCUGUACCUGUUUGUCCCGUCCUUGACCUGUCUGUCCUCUCCCUGACCUGUCUGUCCUGUACCUGUCUGUCCUGUACCUGUCUGUCCUGUCCCUGGCCUGUCUGUCCUGUCCUUGACCUGUCUGUCCUGU